AAAUAAGGAGAAAAAUGAUACGCAAGGAAAUCUUGACAAAUGUAGUAGUUCAGUAAACAUAGGAGUCCAAUCCACCUACAUAAUUAACGCAUAUACAUACACGAUACAUACACCCACCCAUCCCACAACUUGUUUAGAAUAUACUCUUAACUCUUUCAUCAACACAAGAUUCAUUGGACUUUUUCAACCAUUUCCCCACAUCUCUCCCCAAACCCAGGAAACCACUAUAACUGGGAACACAAGAUGGCAUUUACUACAAAACAAAUGUCUUUAAUUGUGGCAACAUUUGGUGUGCUGUCCUUCAUAUUUGGAGUUAUCGCUGAAAAUAAGAAGCCUCCUUCUGGAACACCAAUCCCAGGAAAAGGUGUGGUUAUCUGCAAUUAUCCAUCAGACCCAACUGUUGUCCUGGGCUACCUUUCAUUUGCAUUUCUAGUUGUCUCUUCGGUGACCGGAUUCUUGUCUCUCUUUUAUCCUUACCAAGGAAAGAGUAUUCCACAGGCAGCUUUGUUUCAGAACACUAGCUUCCUUGUGUUCUUUAACAUUGCUUUGGGUACGGCUGGAUUAGCUGCUGCAUUGCUGUUAUGGCCUACAAUAGUUGAACAGGGACACCUGUCAAACCGUGUUCAUCAUAAUUCGGAAACAACUUGCCCUACUGCUAAGACAGGCCUUCUCGGUGGAGGUGCUUUUGUAUCUCUUGAUUCAGCGCUCUUCUGGCUGGUUGCUCUUAUGCUAGCUGACAACACAAGGGAAGACUACUUUGAGGAAAAAGGAAUCGAUGGAAAGUUGAGCAAUGAAGUCGUCCUAUCAUCUUAAUAUUGAUGCAGACGAACCUAUAAACCAAGAGUGCAUAUAUAUAGUAGUAUGCUCGACUCAGUUAUUGUGGAUACUACGAAUUGUAUCAAUAAUUGUUUGGACUGUUAAAGCUGUGAUGCUUGUUGACUUCUUUGUGUAGAACCUGGGAGGGGCUUCUUUGCUUACUUAAGCUUAUAUAACCGAAAGCUUAUAUAUCUGAAUCAUCUUCGCGUCAA